AUGGCAAACCCUAAAAUUCUCUCUCUGAUUCUUCUCUCUCUCUGCGCGAUCGCAUCUGCCAAAGUCUUCUUCGAAGAACGAUUCGAAGACGGAUGGGAGAACAGAUGGGUUGUAUCUGAUUGGAAGAAAGAUGAGAACACCGCUGGUGUGUGGAACUUCACAGCUGGAAAAUGGAAUGGAGACCCUAAUGACAAAGGUAUCCAAACAAGUGAAGACUAUAGGUUCUAUGCUAUUUCAGCCGAGUUCCCUGAAUUCAGCAACAAGGAUAAGACACUUGUCUUCCAAUUCUCCGUCAAGCAUGAGCAAAAGCUUGACUGUGGUGGUGGAUACAUGAAGUUGGUUAGUGGUGAAGUUGACCAGAAGAAAUUUGGUGGUGAUACCCCAUACAGUAUCAUGUUUGGACCAGAUAUCUGUGGAUACAGCACCAAGAAAGUUCAUGCCAUUCUUAACUACAAUGAAACAAACCACUUGAUCAAGAAGGAAGUUCCUUGUGAGACUGACCAGCUCUCUCAUGUCUACACAUUGAUCAUCCGUCCUGAUGCUACAUACAGUAUCCUUAUUGACAAUGUUGAGAAGCAAACUGGCAGUUUGUACUCUGACUGGGAUCUUCUCCCACCAAAGAAAAUCAAGGAUCCUGAGGCCAAGAAACCUGAAGAUUGGGAUGACAAGGAGUAUAUUCCCGAUCCCGAAGACAAGAAGCCAGAGGGUUAUGAUGACAUUCCUAAAGAAAUUCCAGAUUCUGAUGCCAAAAAGCCUGAGGACUGGGAUGAUGAGGAAGAUGGUGAGUGGACUGCCCCAACCAUUCCCAACCCUGAGUACAAGGGCCCAUGGAAGCCAAAGAAAAUUAAGAAUCCCAACUACCAGGGCAAAUGGAAGGCACCAUUGAUUGACAACCCAGAUUUCAAGGAUGACCCAGAACUUUAUGUUUACCCAAAAUUGAGAUAUGUUGGCAUUGAAUUGUGGCAGGUGAAAUCUGGAACCUUGUUUGACAAUGUCUUGGUCGCCGAUGACCCUGAGUAUGCAAAGCGGCUGGCUGAAGAAACAUGGGGAAAGCAGAAAGAUGCUGAGAAGGCAGCAUUUGAAGAGGCAGAGAAGAAGAGAGAGGAGGAGGAAUCGAAGGAAGAUCCAGCUGACUCCUCCGAUGCCGAGGAUGAGGACGAGGCUGAUGAGGCUGAAGGAGACGAUUCUGACACAGCUGAAGAUGCUGAUGAGAAGAAUGAAGAUGAAGCACAUAAUCAUACGGAAGCACAAAGUCCUGCACUGCCUUUGUGUUGGGGAGGAUCACACAAUUUUUGCUUUCAACGCAGUCUAAGCAUUUUAGAAAUCCCAACUAGAAUCAUACAGAAGCACAGAGUCCUGCACUACCUUUGUGUUGGGGAGGAUCACACAAUUUUUGCUCUCAACGCAAGUCUAGGCGUUUUAGAAAUCCCAACAGAAUGUUUCUGGCCAAGCACUGGUUAG